GGUGGGAAAGAACUGCCUUUAUAUACGUUCAUCUCUAAUAAGCACCGAAUAUGAACCAAUCACAUCUGUGAUCCACUUUUAAGCUCAUCCCCACUUUGAACAAUGGCUAAUCGCAAUCGGGGAAGUCUAUCGUGCGAGCACUGCCGCCGCCGACGAAUCAAGUGCAACCAGCUCCGGCCGCGAUGCUCACAAUGCGCAAGAGCAGGCCUUUCCUGCUCCGGAUACAGGGCCCCGCUGGACCUCCUAUUCCGAGACGAGACUACAACCGUCGCGCGCAAGGUUCGCAAAGGAAAAGAGGACAAUUCAGAUGCUGACUACAGCGACCUCUCAGAUAUCUUCUCCCAGCUGAAUCCAUCCUUGGCUUCCAGGAUCCACUCCAUCGAAGUUGAUGUCGCUUGGAAUUAUUACCUUGAGAAUUUCAACGUCACGCGUAACAAGCGUGAUUGUUUCCCCACGCUAACACUAACAAGUUCGUCGACGGGGGUUGCAAGCGUGACGGCCGUCGGUCUAGCCGGGCUGGCUCUUCUUCGUCACGAUGUGCACAUGAUGCAACUUGCCAGGCAGAAAUAUUCUAUGGCAUUGAGGCAUAUGGGCCAUGCGGUGCUCGAUCCACAGCAGCUGCGGAACGGGACGUUGGCAACCGCGAGCUUCAAUCUGUCCAUGUUCGAGAUGAUCGUUACCGAUGGUGUGGAUGCGGCGCCAUAUGCAUGGCUGAAGCAUAUCCAUGGGACGGCUGCGUUGAUGCGAGCCAUGCAUAUGCCGACCAAAGGGGGUCUUUUCAAUACCGCGGGGUGCUUGCAAAUCGCCUUCGCUAUUACUAUGGGCUGUCUCAUCAGCGAACAACCUGUUUCUCCAGACAUAGUCAGCCUUGUACAGAUAUACGCGAAUAGCUCGCCCUUCAUUGGGCUGUUUAUCCUCCUUAGCGACUUGGUAAAUCUAUACGUACAGGAAAAGAAGGCUCAUUAUGGGUCUCAAAGCGCCACUGCCAGAGCCUUAGCAUCUAUCGACGCAGAGCUCACCAGCUGGGAAAGUCGACUCCCACCCCUCUGGAAAGACUCUCCCAUCACGCGAGGUGUGCCAAAUGAUCAAGGCUCAACCUGGGUUCCCAGACUAUGGGGUUACUACCGAGUCUGCCGAAUGCUUGUGCACAGGGUAUUCCUCGACGCCACCCACCCGUCGCCUGGCCGAGAGCAAGUCUCACAUGGCAUCCUUAAAAGCCUAUGCAGCGAUAUAUACGCAAGUGUCCCAUCUAUACUACGGCAAUGUUUCACAGAUGACCACCCGGACCCCGGCCCCGGAUUAACGUCGGACGUGUUUUUCCUCGUCACGAUUCUACAGGCGUUGUCGACGCUGACGGCGAGGAACGAGGUUGUUGAGAAUUGGGCUACACCGGCAACUGAGGAGUUGGGAGAGGGGUUUGUUCCCUUGAAGGCGUUCGUGGCGAGGCAUCUGGGUUGACUAUCAUGGCUUGCGAUGGUCGUAUUCUUUGCGCACCGCGUGGAGGAAACAGGUUUACGAGUGCUUCUAAAUAAUCUGGGCUGGUUCGGGGUUCCGGACUAGAGGAAAUAAACAAGCAAUACCUCCUUUGAAUAGUGGAG